AUGUCGACUUUUCAAGAAGUAAAACAGCAACAGAUCGCCUCUUUAUAUUCACACAAUCCCGCCGUGACAACGAUUAUCGAGGGCCAAAUGUACGAGUUGCCUUGUCCAAUGGGGAAUGUGAGUGCAGCAUUACUCGUCAACCUUCCCCCAGAGUUCCCGGACGUACCACCCAUUAUCACCGUGUCACCGACGGGUAUGCGACAUCCUUGGAUCGAGUCUGACGUUGUUGUUCAUGAUGCUCUACACUGGAAUGCGUCACAAGUACAACUUGGUAAAUGGGUUCAUGAUAUCAUCGAGGAGUUUACACAACGACCACCAGCAAGAAAAGGUGGGAGUGGUGCGAAUGGUGAAGGUCCUGCCUCUGCUGAAGAAGGAUAUGGUCAUCGUCCUCCACCACCUAUUCCAAGCAACACAUCAGCACCAUCAGCAACCCCGUUAGCGCUUUCCAUGGCAGAGUAUACAUCCAUUGUUAGCAGGAGUAUGGAUGAGCUCGAGGAGCUAUUGAGCAAUGAUGUGGCCUUUGAACUCUUUUUCAAUUCAUUGGAACGGGUACAAAACAUGAAGACUGUGCAAGAAGAAUUAAGGAAUGGCAAUGUCAAUCUAGCAAAUAAGAACCUUACACAAGAAAGCAGCUUACAACAGCUGAGGGAUCAAGUCAAAGAAUUGGAUGGUGAAUAUCGCCAAUUACGAGCGCAAUUUGAGGAAAAGGAGAAGCAGCAAAAUGAUGCAUUCAAUCGAUUCUCUCCUGCCACAAUGAUGACAAGACUAAAGGCCAGUAUACAUGAAUCGGAUGAGUUGUCAGAGUCAGUCGCACAAAGCUUUUUGGAUGGGAAUUUGGAUCAUGAUGGAUUUGUCAAGCAGUUUCGAGAAUUGCGCAAGGUGUACCAUAUCAGAGCAAGCAAGCUUGAGCGAUCACAAAAGGAGACACUUUCUUAUAGUAUUUAG